GUACACCAUCACGAGACUCACGAAAAUGGGGAAAAUCAAGCGACAGAGAAGAAAAUUGCAUCCACCAGCAGUCAAAGCCAAAGAUGAAGUUGAUACUAAUGAAACGGAUACGGGACUGUUGCAGCCAAGUGUCUUGUUUCCAUCAAAGGGCCUCUUUCCCACCUCUUCAGCCAAAGAUACAUUACCAACAUGCAGAACAGAGGAGGAUGACCGAAUGACCUUUGUAUCCAAGAAAAGUAUCAAAGGAAGCAAACAGCUCUCCAAAGUGGAGAAAAGAAAGCUUCGACAUGACAAGUGGUUAGAAAAAAUGGACACCAUUAGCUCUGCCAAGAAGAAAGCGAUGGAUGCCAAGAAGCGAGCUGGUAUACCUGUUGUGGGUGACAUGCACCCUCUUAACGAAGCUCUUCCAGAGCUUUCAGAAAUCCUACGAAUUGGACCUCAUUAUACACCAACCAAUACCAGAAACAAACAACCAACAAAGAAACCAAGAUCCACUCUGAAUAUGAAGGACAAGCAGAAGAUGAUGCUAGAAGAGAGUGCAAGAUUCCAUGAAGUUCUGAAGCAUUCUGCAUUCAAGAAAAACCCAUUUGCCACCAUCAACGAACAUCUUAAAAACAAACUCAAACAAGAGCAACAACAAGAAGAAACGUGAUGAAAGAAGAAAUGAAAUUAACUAUUAAGUCUACAGUGGAAGCAUAGAAGAGAGAACUACUAGCUGAACAAAUCUGUAUGUUAAAUUGGAUGCUUAUGUUGACGGAUGCUCAUUUCUUGGGUAUUGUGUGCCUCAUAGAAAUGGUUUCUUAGCAUAAUAAUAAUUCUAAUAAUAUUAUACUUCUAUGUACAGCUUCAUAAAGAUAUUAUAAGCGUGCAAAGCAAUUUACAUAUAUAUAUCAAUACCUCAGUUUCAUUUAUUGGAUUCUAGCUUUUGCACAUAAAUUUAUUCUAUUAAUGAAAAUACAGUUUAUUGAUAAUGUCUGUUACAAUGCACACUACAUUUAUGCACAUUUUAUGUUCAUUUGUGCAUGCACAUAUUUAUACGCACUGCUAUGAAGAUGAUAGAAUAAAUCUAAAGAAUAAUGAAUUAAUUAUUGUUUCAAUUGAGCAUGUUUUUGUAUACCAGGCGUUACGUGGUGGCAGCUAGAUUUGGUAUGAAUGAACCAAGGUACUGGAUCAUCCCCAAGAAGCUUUGUUGUUCCUUCUUGUCGGAUGGUGGCUCCAUCUGAUUGAUAAGCUUCUUUUUCAUGUACUUUUUUAACGCCAUCAGCAGAAUAGACCACCCCAAAGAAUCUGCAUUUGUGGACUUUGAUAAGGCAUUUCUCUGCAUUUAACUUGACCCCAGCUUGCCUUGUGCAUUCCAUGGCCUUAUGCAGGUUGUAGUCAUGACUCUGAUUGCCCUCUCUCCUUAAGAUUGGCAGGUUUGGUUUGAGAAGUUUUCACUGCAUCUACCUUCCGACCCGUAUUUUGAGACAUCAGUGACAUCUGCCGAUUGGUAGCUUCAUGACCUCUUGCUAUGUCUAUAGCUUUUGGAGGCUAAGCCUUUUAUCAUUCCCGAUGAGAGCCUUUUGUACAUCCUUCAAUGAGGUCCCCCAAAUGAACUGGUCAAGAACGCUGUUUUCUCGCUCUACUGGAUCUCUGAAUCUACAUUUGGCUGCUAUAUUUGUCAUCUAGUCAGGAAGUCAUCAACAGUUUCAUUGUGGGAUUGUGUCAUACUUUGGAAUUGGUAUCAGUGUAUUUUAUUUGUUUUGGGCUCUAUGUGCUGUUCAAAUUUGGCGAGGAUUACUUAUGUCACCAGCUUAUCCUGCUCAUUGUUGAAAGUCCAGCUGUUGUAUAUCUCUAGUCUUUUCUUGCCCGCCCAUAGCAGGAGGUAAACUUUUUCAUCCUUAUCUGCAUUUUUCAAAUACACUUUUAAACUUGAGGUCACACCUUUUCUUGAUCCUGGCGAAAGCUGUUACUGCGUCUUCCGCUCCCCAGUCCAUAGUCAGUGCCGAUGAUCAUGUAUUCAUCGCUGUAGCCAUGAGCAGUUUCACCCUCUCUCAUUCACAGCAUGUAUCGUACGACGUAAUUCUACAGGUGGGUUGUACUUACAGUUUUCCUCUGGUAGAUUGCAAAACUUUGCAUUCCAAUCCUUUUCCUUUGACAAAUCAUUGUUCAAUGUCUGUUAGAUUUGAUUAUCCCACCGCUGCCACCAUGUUACACUUGGUAUAUGAAAACAUGGUCAAUUAAAACGAUAAAUAUUUGAAUUUUUUAUUCUAUCAUCUUCGUAGCAUUGCAGAUUAAUAUAUGCAUUCAUAUGUUCAUUCAGAGUAUGUGUGUUGAUAUAAAUGAGCAUAAAAUAUAUAACAUAUAACACUGUCAAAUCAUUGUUUUUCUUCUCUCUAAGAAAAUCAGUGAAGAAAUUUGCAAAGAUUGUUGAAGGAUGGCUCCAACAUGUGCAUAUAAAUGUGAUUAUGUUCGAUGAUAUUAUGUGGAAGCCCCAUGGUGUAGUGGUUGUGGCUCUCAAUCAGAGAGUCAUGGGUUCAAAUCUUACUCCAUGUGCUGAUGAUAUUCAGUAAGAAAUUCUUCUAUACCCAGUGCUUCCUGCAGACAAUCUACUUGUGGUGAAUUCAGACUUUUCUUUUGAAAUGCAGAUUAUGUAAAAACUUCUCUGCUAAAUCCUGAGUAAUUAUGCUGCAUUAUUUGUAAAGCACUUACAGACUUGUUAUAAAAGAGCAUGCAUGUGAAUGUAGUACUGUUCACCUCAACCAGCUGCACAGGAACGUUAGCGCUGACAAUGCACUAACAGAGGCCCUAUUUUAAACAGUAAUGUUGCAACUCGGGUCACAACAACUGGUUAUUUGCAUCUUGGAUCAACAAUUCACAUCACAAUCCGAAAGAUGUGACAUGAUGUGACUGUUCCUACUCUUAGCUCUCUGUUGGGCUAAAAACUUUUAUGUGCGGUUGGCACUGAUUGAUACCCCAACAACUAAAAGUAACAUUGGUGAAUAAUUAUAAAGGUUCAUCAUCAAGGGAAAUCUAAAAUUUUGUUGACAGAUCAAAGCAAGAAUUAUAUCCUAAAUGUAUACUAGUAUUUCAAGCUUCAUUGAUUUGCAGAAAUUUUGGGUGGGGGAGGGGAGGACAUGACCAUUACAAGAAGGAAACCAUGCUCAUACAGAGACUUUCAAAAUGAACCCUCUUAUCAAGUAAAACGUUCCUCUAUCUUGAGACCUUUAGCAAAUGUUUUUCAAGCGUACCCCACCAAAAAUAAUGCCUCAGUUAUUCUAUUAGCCUUAUAGGGUGAAAUUUAUCUAUCCUUAUCCGGGUUUGAAAAAUACCCCUCUUUCCUGAUUUUGGCAGUUUUGAUACCCUUAUCACUGUAAGCGUGUAUUGUACAUUGUCAGGCUGUUAAAAUCUACCCUUUAUUUCGUAGUUAUAUGUGCAAGUAAUUUGGUAAGAUAUACAGAUGCAAUCCCCAGCACAAGUAUAAUUUUCUGAUCCUGCAGAAUUGUUCUUUGUUGUUGAAUAGACUUAAACCAUCAUUUUUCAAUACUGCAUAAUAUGCUAUUUCAUGAACAUUAUUUUAUUGCUUUUCCAUCCACUUUGCAUGUAUAGUUUGUCAGGGAAUGACAAAUAUUGCAGUUGUUUAGUUGUGGAACACAGAAAAUGAACCCGCCAACAAAUAUUAAAGUUACGCAGUAGGUCUUACAAUGUUAUCAUAAUUGAGCAUGUUGAUAGAUGAGAGUUGCUCUUUGCCUUCUGACUAAUACCUUGAUCCAAUUGUCAAGCAAUGACAAUAGUGUCAUGUGUAUUGAAAUCAGAAAAAGACAAUUUGUAAGCUAAUUUAUAUCCAUUUAGAUAAUGAUACAGAUGAAACAAUAAAAUAGAAAACUUAUACCUGAAUUGUAGAAAUUUUGGGGGGUUGUGUAUGUUUUGCCUACUUGAACUAGGCAAUCCCUAUUACAAAGCUAUAGGAAUCAAUUAAUUGAUUUGCCAGUAUGGGUUAAACUGAGUGAUCAAUGGAAGAUCAGUGAAUAGUUCUUUAGGUAUUGUUUAUUGCAUCAUGUUGAUGAAGAUAACUGUAAAUUACAUGAGUAAUGAAACAACAGUUGUGAGAAAAGGAGUCAACUUUAAAUUAAUAUUUAUUUUCAAUAAACCUCAGCUCAACAA